CUAUGCUGUCGAUACCACACUUGAACGAUUCGAGCAAAGCUCUUGAUGGAACUCAAUUGCGAUCUAAGGUCUCUGAACAGUCUAUUGAACCUUCGAUCUGGACGGAAGACGAUGANAAGGGUUUAAUCUCGUCCUCGACUAAGAAGCAUUGGAAGCCAGUGACUCAGAAAGCACACUUCCUCGUGCCGACUAUUCUGGCUUCUGGAGCGUUGAUAGCCGUCCUCCAGGUCUAUCUGGAACGCAGUAACAGAGACAAUGGUAUUUUGUUCGCCUCCAGGAUUAACGAUCUUCCUUUGAACCAGAAAUUUCCCUAUCUCUACCUGCCGACAAUCGUGUCGCUCGUGCUCAGUUUCGCCUGGGCGUGGCUUGAUCUUGAUGUCAGAAGACUCCAACCAUUCAUUGAGCUUUCCAAAGAACAGGGAGCAAGUGGAGAUGAUUCGCUUUUACUCCAUUAUCCUUUCGAUUUCGUGGCAUUCGUGCCGUUCACUGCAGCUAGGCGACGACACUGGCCAGUCUUCGCAGCAUCGCUAGCUGUAGUCAUCAUCUAUUGGGGACUUACUCCUUUGCAAUCAACCAUCUUCGCUACAAGAACGAUUGAGAUGAACAUACCAGUCGCUACGGCGAGGUCGACAUCCUACCUCUCACUGCAAGAGCAGAAGCAUGAUUUAACUGCCGAGUACACACAGUCGGUCUACAACAUCGCGUGGCUUAACGAAACUUUGCCUCCUUUCAUGAGCCAAGAAGGUAUGCUCGCUCCGUUUGGCCUCUUGGAUAAUAUCAACGGGUCAGGGUCUGCCGAGACUUGGACUGCACCCACUCGACUCUACUCGGUCGAUCUCAACUGCGAAAGCCCGACUUACGGCAUCAAUGACACGAGCAAGAACCUGCUUCUUAGUUCCAAUGGAUGCAAGUACUCACGGCAGAAUAUGGUCUUGCCAACAAAGAUCAAGGACAGCGAAUACAACAGCCUCUACGUGGGUUACUGGUAUGAAGAAUCUAUGGACUCCUACCUUCUAGGAAGCUGUCCGGAGCAUGCCAACCAAACAUUCCUUGUCCGCUGGUCUCGUGGUCAAGAACGACAAGCUGGUCUCGACCCUAUUCUAACAGUAACUGUACCGAAAGAGGGAACUACUUUGUGGUGUACUUCUUCAUACUAUCAGCAAGACGUCAAUGCUACCGUGUCUUCCCCUGAUAUGGAGGUCCUUGGAGUAGUACCUACGGGCCCAAAGACGGCCUUGCCUGCUGACUUCUUCAAUGUCACUGAAUUCGAAUGGGGAAUGAGCCAGGGUUCUGAUGCCAACGGAAAUCGAGGAACCUUUCCUAGCGUAGGUAUUCCCUCGGGUGGCUGGCCCUCUCCAUAUGAUCGACUCUGCGCCAAGUUUCCAGACCUCGUUUGGGACAUGUAUGCAUACCUACCGAACAUGGCAACCUUCGCACUAGGAGCAUAUCAACGCCCGAUGGCGGAAUACCUCGAUGCAGAGACGCUCAAGGACUCUUAUCAAGCAGCUUAUCGCAUCCUAUUCGCACGACGCUUAGCCGAUGUGCUACAUCUGGACCUCGAUGACCGUACAACAGUGAUGGGCAACCGUCGUUACACUACGCAGACUGUCAUCAUGGUCCCUGCUUUUGUCUACGUAGUAGAAAGUAUGGUGGCCAUAACAGCAGCUGCUGCUUUUGUGAUACUUUUUCUCUCUUUGUUCAGGAAGACCAAACUCGUAUCCGAACCUGCCAAUAUUGCUUCAAUGAUGGCAUUGUCUGGCAGAGAUUCCUGUAUGGUGCAAACGAUGACUGAAGACGACUGUGCAACAUCUACAGAUUCGAAAGCAAAGUACAAAGACACGCGCUUUGCUCUGUCGAGACUGGGACCUGAUCAAGGUCCGAUCAUAUGCUAUUUCGGACAUGAUGAUUCAAAUCUGGACGAUGUUGUAUCUGCACAAAAACCUACGACGUCGAAGCGCAUCUUACCUAUGGAACUUUCUUGGACGUUUGGACUCGGUUUCCUUAGCCUCCAGAUUGGUCUUGUAGUCACAUUGCUUUACCUCCUCACUCGGAUCCGAACAGAUAAUGGUCUGCCUCUGCCAUCCACGUCGAUCUUUGUCAAUCAGCUGCUGGAGAACUAUCUGCCAAUGGUCUUUGGAGCAUUCUUCGAGCCAAUNUUUACCAUGAUCACAAGAACAUUGUGCAUGCUUCAGCCAUACGAGCAGCUCCGAAAAGGUCAAGCUAAGCCUGAAAGGUCUAUUAUGCUCGACUAUGCAUCUCUGCCACCACAGGUGGUGGUAUUUCGGGCUCUCAAGAACAAGCAUGUUGCUCUCGCUCUGGUUUCUCUGAUGACUCUGUUAGCAAACGUCCUCUCUAUCAUUUUCAGCGGAUUGUUCACUGAAUCUAUGGUAUUGAUACCUCAACGUGCUAACUUUACGGCUGGCUACCAGUUCCCUUUGAACGGGUCCAGCCUUGGGAACGAAAGUAUAUCGAGGAAUCGACCAUCUUAUGACUCGUAUUAUGUCGCGUCGUCCAACCUCACGUCUGAUACGCCGCUGCCGUCGUGGACAGACGGACAAUUCUUNUAUCUUCCAUUCGAAGCGCAUGAGCCAACAUCUGCCAACAUAACUCAAUAUAAAGUCGCAACACCUGCAGUCAAAGCAGCAUUACACUGUUUCCCGAUGGAGCAAAAGAUAGAUGGUCACAAUCUGAGAUGGAUAACACUCAGCGAAAAGACCACAUGCGAUUUCAGCUUGGUGCCAAAUUUUCCAAGUGUACAGAACAACACACCUCAGGCCAUCGAAUAUGUUAACUUUACCUGGCCAGUAUAUAGAGAGGGCCCUAAAGGACAAGUAAUCACAAACUGCGACCUGAGUGUCAUGGCAGGUUGGGGCAGGACCUCCAAAUCGACUAGAGACGGUCCUUUGAAUGCGUCCUGGAUUGGCUGUAUACCUAGGCUUCAGGUUGAGCUUCGCGAAGUCACAGUCGACAUAGAAGGGAAAGUGAUAUCUUCAUCCACCUUGAAUUCGACAGUCGGCGAUUUGAAAAGAAUGUUUGAGCCAAACGCCACAAGUCUCAUCCAGUCAGUUCACAAAGUUCUGGAUCCUUACAAUGCAGUUGCAAAAUUCUACACCACAAAUCCUAGCUGGCACAAUGACAGCUUCCCUAGCGACUUCGUCAACUACCUCAUGGCGCAGACUACCAAUGACACGGCUUUCCUAGAUCCCAUGGCAUCACCGCCUUCUUUCGAAGAAGCUGCACCGCUAUUGAACAUGUUGUAUUCUAAACUUUUUGCGAUCGUCCUUGCCAGCAAUGUUGACAAGGUCCUUCGUCCGUCGAACGAGACGAAGGUCACGACCGGCAUAUCUCUGGAACUUGAGACCCGAAUAUUCGUCCAGGAAGAGAUGCUUGUCGUUGCCGUCGCCAUUCUACUCUUGUUUAUGUUGGUCACGAUAGUCUUGUACAUCCGCCGGCCUUGGGGGAUCCUUCCGCGUAUGCCGACAACACUGGCAAGCCAGAUGGCUUUCUUCGCUGCAAGUCAUGCGAUGAAAGAUUUAGCCGAGACAUCAGGCAUGUCUGAGAAAGAACGCAACUCAUAUGUCAAAGGACUGAGGCAAAGAUACGGAUUUGGAAAGUUCGUGGGCACAGAUGGAAAGACUCAUAUUGGUGUCGAGAGAGAACCUCUUGUGCAAGUUAUCACCAAGCAAGACUUGCGGACUAUGCGUAAGAACGUGGUGAUAGAAUCCGAUCUGAGUCGG